AUGAACUGGUUGUUCGGCGCCUCUUCGGCUGCUGUGCCCACUGCGAGCGCCCACUUGUCGGCAUCCACUGCUCACGGCCGCAGCGCACCGUCUCGAGACGACGACUCGCAGCACAAGAAGCGCGGGAACGACUUCUUUCGGGCGAAAAACUACGAGGAAGCGAUCCGCGAGUACUCGUUAGGGAUCGAUAACGAGCCCACGGCCACUCUAUACAGCAAUCGCUCGGCCGCGUACUGCGCGUUGGGGCACUUUGAGCGCGCACGGAGAGACGCCGAGGAGGCCAUUGCGCUCGACGCGGACUGGGCCAAGACGUACUCGAGGAAGGGAAAAGCUCUCUAUGGGUUGGGCUUGUACAAGAAGGCAGCGGACGCCUAUGCCCGUGGACUGGAGCUCUGUCUACGGGGAGCGCUGGGAGAGGCGCAGCAACGGGACAAGGAGAUGGAAGCGCUCAAGCGCCAGACAGACAGCCAAGCUAGUGCUUAUCUUCGCCUCAUGGAAGAGAACAGUCAGCUCAAACGCCAACUGGAAGACUACCAGCAUAUGUUUGGUGAAUGGACAAAGAAGGAGAUGUGA